GUUCCGGCCCGUCGCGGUUCCGGUUCCGGUCGGUUCCGGCCAUGCCGGGCGCUGCCGCUCACAGUGUCCGUGUGCUGCGGGAGCUGAACCGGCAGCGCGCAGCCGGGCAGUUCUGUGACGCCACGCUGGGUGUUGGCGGCCGUGAGUUCCGCGCUCACUGGCCGGUUCUCGCCAGCUGCUCCCGGUUCUUCCGCUCCCGGGGCUCGGUGGGCCCGGGCCCGGUGUCGCUCCCCGACGCGGUGGCGGACACGUUCCAGCUGCUGCUGGAUUUCUUCUAUACCGGCCGCCUGGCGCUCACCGCGCACAACCGCUCCCGGUUACUGUCGGCCGCGGAGCUGCUGGGCGUACCGGACGCCGUGGCGCUGUGUCGCUCGUUCCGCCCCGCACGGCGCCGGUCCCGCCGCGCCCCCGGCCCCGCGCCGCGCCCCGAUGAGCCGGGAGAGCAGCUGGGAACAGCGGGACCGGACACGGAGCGGCCCGGAACGGACAGCGCGGCGACAGCGAACGUUGCCCCGCCCGCGAGCAGCGACACGGCGGGAGGCGGGACCGGGAGCGGUGAUAACGAGCCCCGAGAUGAGAAGGAGGAACUGGGGGAUAAAGGGAAACACCUGGAGCGGGGACCGGGCAGGAAAGGAAACACAGCGCCCGUGGAGUGUCCGACCUGCCAUAAGAGCUUCCUCAGCAAGUACUACCUGAAGGUGCACAACAGGAAACACACUGGUGAGAAGCCAUUCGAGUGCUCCAAAUGUGGGAAAUGUUAUUUCAGAAAAGAGAAUCUCCUGGAGCACGAGGCCAGAAAUUGCAUGAACCGAACUGAGCAGGUCUUCACGUGCUCUGUUUGCCAGGAGGUGUUUAAGAGGCGGAUGGAGCUGCGGCUCCACAUGGUGUCGCACACAGGGGAGAUGCCCUAUAAGUGCUCCUCCUGCGUGCAGCAGUUCAUGCAGAAGAAGGACCUGCAGAGCCACAUGAUAAAGUUGCAUGGCGCGCCGAAGCCCCAUGCGUGCUCAACUUGCUCCAAGUGCUUUCUGUCUCGGACAGAGCUGCGCCUGCACGAGGCAUUCAAGCACCGAGGAGAGAAACUGUUUGUCUGCGAGGAGUGUGGACACAGAGCCUCGAGUCGCAAUGGCCUGCAGAUGCACAUCAAGGCCAAGCACAGGAACGAGCGUCCCUAUGUCUGUGAGUUCUGCCAUCACGCCUUCACACAGAAAGCAAACCUCAACAUGCACCUGCGCACACACACCGGUGAGAAGCCCUUCCAGUGCCACCUCUGCGGCAAGACCUUCAGGACACAAGCGAGUCUGGACAAACACAACCGGACACACACCGGGGAGCGGCCGUUCAGCUGUGAGUUCUGCGAGCAGAGAUUCACAGAGAAGGGGCCGCUCCUGAGGCACAUCGCCAGCCGGCACCAGGAGGGGAGGCCACACUUCUGCCAGAUCUGUGGGAAAACAUUCAAAGCUGUUGAGCAGCUGCGCGUCCACGUCCGCAGGCACAAGGGGGUGAGGAAGUUUGAGUGCACUGAAUGCGGUUACAAGUUCACACGGCAGGCACACCUGAGGCGCCACAUGGAGAUUCACGACCGGGUGGAGAACUACAACCCCCGGCAGCGGAAGCUUCGGAAUCUGAUCAUUGAGGAUGAGAAGGCGGUGGUGGUGGCUCUGCAGCCGCCCCAGGAGCUGGAGGUGGGCUCAGCUGAGGUCAUCGUGGAGUCCCUGUCCCACGGCCCCCUGCCUGAGGAGAUCCCGGUGCAGAGACUCUGUUCAAACGACAGCUUCUCUCCAGACGUGAUUGAGCAGUCACUGAUAAUAACCACAACAAUUCCUGCUGACUGUGAGACGUAACAUUGCUGUGCACAUCCUUGCUACCAAACAAAGCGUUGGGCUGCACUGACUCUGCUACAUUGGUUCUGUUCAGCCUCCGGUAGCUCUGAGUCGUACAUCCAGCCCUUCUCCCUCCCCCCUGUAAUGACCCCAACCCCGGAUUGCAGGGAACAUUUCUGAUGAAGCGAUAUCAGGUAUCAAAUUAAGAAACAUGAAGCUACUCAGAAUGACUACUUAAAUAAAUGAACAUACAAUGUAUGGGACGAGAUGUAAUUGAUGACUCCAUACGUGUAAUACUGUGAAUUGUUUUUAACGAGCUCUCAGCUGUGGCCAGAGGGGAAUGCUGGCUCACCUGCUGCUCCAUUAGUUUUAUGCUGUUGAUUAAAGCUCUCCCAGAAGUGUGACUCUGUCCCUUUCCUUAAAUGUGUGCUGAAAUGACCCAUCUCCAUUAAACCCGUGCCUUGUGGUUUCAUUAA